GCCUCGGGCGCCCUACUCGGCGCCUAUCUGGAGCGCCAGGGUCCGCCCGCGGUCUUGGACUUGCCGGCGCUGGCCGGGGCGUGGGCUGGCGGCCCCGGGAGCGGCGGCGGCGUGGUGGUCGGGGUGGCCGAGGUGAGAAGCUGGCGGUGCUGCUGCCUCGGCAGCACCUGUUGGUGCCGGAGCCUCGUGCUGGUGUGCGUGCUGGCCGCACUGUGCUUCGCUUCCCUGGCCCUGGUCCGCCGCUAUCUGCAGCACCUCCUUCUCUGGGUGGAGAGCCUCGACUCGCUGCUCGGGGUCCUGCUCUUCGUCGUGGGCUUCAUCGUGGUGUCGUUCCCCUGCGGCUGGGGCUACAUCGUGCUCAACGUGGCCGCCGGCUACCUGUACGGCUUCGUCCUGGGCAUGGGGCUCAUGGUGGUGGGCGUCCUCAUCGGCACCUUCAUCGCCCAUGUGGUCUGCAAGCGGCUGCUCACCGCCUGGGUGGCCGCCCGCAUCCAGAGCAGCGACAAGCUGAGUGCAGUUAUCCGCGUCGUGGAGGGGGGAAGCGGCCUGAAGGUGGUAGCGCUGGCCCGGCUGACUCCCAUACCGUUCGGGCUCCAGAAUGCAGUGUUUUCGAUUACUGACCUUUCAUUACCCAACUAUCUUAUGGCAUCUUCAGUUGGACUGCUUCCGACUCAGCUUCUGAAUUCUUACUUGGGUACCACCCUGCGGACAAUGGAUGAUGUCAUUGCAGAACAGAGUGUUAGCAGUUAUUUUGUUUUUUGUUUACAGAUUAUUAUAAGCAUCGGCCUCAUGUUUUAUGUAGUCCAUCGAGCUCAAGUGGAAUUGAAUGCAGCUAUCGUAGCUUGUGAGAUGGAACUGAAAACCUCUCUGGUUAAAGGCAAUCAACCAAAUACCAGUGGCUCUUCAUUCUACAACAAGAGGACCCUAACAUUCUCUGGAGGUGGAAUCAAUAUUGUAUGAUUCUUACGAAAUGUUUGGUGGUCAAGAGCCUAGUGUGCUGUUCGGGCCUAGCAGCCACUUCGGCAUUGGCUGCAUGCUGUUCGCGAUAUGGCACAGACAAAACUGACUAGUUUUUACAUUGCACAAUUUUCUAAAAGCAAGAAUCAUUUUCUGGAUCUGUAAAUGUAAAGUAGAUGCAGCUUUGGCUGCAACUUUUUAUCAUACCUGUUAUGGCCUGAAGGUCUGCACUUUAGUGUUUUUGAAUUGUUUUAUUGCUGGAACUUAUGAACAGGGAAGUAACCCAAAUAUUUUUUUCUGUUUAGUGUAUUUAUAAAGUUCACAAAUAGUUGUAUGCUUCCAUCUUUACUUUAAACAUGAGUAAACGUAUGCAGUUCUAAUGUGUCAUAUUAUUGGGUGUUCUUUGCUUAGGUAGCCUUUCCAGAAGGGGUAAACCAUGGUGUUUUUAUGCUUGUUUUAUUGUUUUAAGUGGGAGAACUUUGCUUCCCUUUUCCUUGCUUGUUAGAAAGUAGACUUAUUUCAGUUGAAUGUAUUUCCUCAAGCAUCUCAUCACUGGCAGGGCCAUUUUCACCUUUUGACACAAGCUUAAAUCCUACAUUGUGGGACUGAAGUGCUCUUAAGAUUCCUUUUUAUUUUCACUGUGUAAUAUGCAAAGCAAAGGGAAAUUAUUUAGUGAGUGGUGGCUCAGAAUUAAAACCCACAUUUUAAUUAAAUUAUAUUGGUUUUAUCCUUAUUAGACUUUUUAUCAAAGGGCUGCCCCAUUGCACUCUUACUAAAUCAUUUUUCCUUUUUAUAUUGAUAAUUAGGCUUUGAAAUAAAUUUAAUAUUCCUUUAAAAUGGUGGGCUUCCCAUCAUUGAUAUGAUGUCACUCAGGUGGCCUUGUUUAGUCAGUAUGCCUUGUUUAAAAAAAAAAAAAGCUUUAAAACCAUGUUUAUAGUUCCAUUAAAGUACUUAUAUAUCUGUCUCCGUAGUCUUCAGCUUUAAAACUAUAUAAUAUGCCCGUGUUGUGUUAUUUGCUCUACUAUUGAUAAGUUUGGUUGGGGGUUUGGGACUCCUUUUUCCCUGAUAAGACUCAGGAAUUCUGAAAUGUGAAAUUAAGUGUCUGGAUUCUUUCCCUCGUAGCAUGAACCAAGUGUAUUUAUUAACAGCACUUAGGACUAUAGAAUACAAUAAUUCAGCCUGUGAUUCAUAUGAUGUGUAUUCAUUAAUUAGUUUUAUUUUUAAAAUAAUUGUGAACUUAAUGAUUUGUUGUUUUUGUUACAAAUGAGAUUGUAGUAAUAUGUGCAAAUUUUCUGGUAACUUUUUUGCCAUGAAUAUGCCAACAUAGCAGAGACCUCUCUGUCACCUUUUCCUUACAGUAAAAUCUUUGUCCUGGUUUAUUGCUGAAGUACAAAGGAAUCCAUUGCAAGCAGGUUUUUCUAGCCUUAUGCUAGAGAAGAAUUUGGUCAUUUUAGUACAUAAGAUUUUUGCCCUAUUCAGAUUUCUUCCUCCCCUCCCCUCCCCAAUGCAUACAUUCUUUGGCCUUUAAGUAACAGUAGAAGAUGAAUGUAACUGUUCUGAGAGGCACCCAGUCUGCAGCAUGUGACUGACUUCCAAAUCUUUCUGUUACUGGUAGAAAAACAGUUUUAUAUCCUUUUUGAGUCUCAUUGCCUAUUUAGUUUUUUAAAAAUUACUUUAGCUUAACAAUCCCAAUGAAUAAUACAUUUGAUUUAUUCUUUUUGGUCUUGAUCAAACUUGACCACAUUUUUCUUAUUUCUCAUUUGUCAUUUUUUAAAGGAAUCAUGUAAGAUCUCUGUUUUCAUGCCUGUUUUACAGUUUGUGUGUUUUGAAGUACAUUUCUUUACUUAGCAUUUGUGACUUGAAUAACCACCAAAUGAAUACCUUUUGGUAGUCUGUAAUUAGUUUUUCCAGAUGUUAACACUUUGCUUGGUUCUUACACUAAAUAUAUAAAGGUAAAAGAAAUAAUUUUUCUGUAUUCUGCCAAUCAUAAUUUUAUAUAAUAAAUCAUCCAUUUUUUUAUAAUCGUAUGAAUUGACCAUUUCCACACACUGAUCUGACUGUGCUUUUCCUUGUCUUCAGUAGUUCCAGUCUCCCAGUAAAUAGCAGUCCAUUAUUGCCCUACUGUUCGAUGGGGGAAUCUGAUGCUUGAGUUUUAUUCAGUGUAAUCUGUGCAUAGCAUAGCCGUGCCCUAUUCUGUGUUUGGCCUCGCACCCUAGACUUAUGGCAGCAACAGUUUCCACGCAGCAUUUUCAUGUUGCCCAGAUACUGCCUAUAGUAAUAGAUGUUCAUGAGAUACCUACAGUCAUGCAGAAUCACAGAAAUGGAAUGUUUUGUUUUUUCAGACUAAGUGCAGUAUAAAGUUGGUUUAUACUCAUUUAAGGAGUAAUUUCCCUCUUUUUAAAACCAUGUAUAUAUUUACUGAGCUUUUAUGUCAUUUUUAUUUGAUCAUCUGAAUUGUGAACAACUUGAAAUCUGUGUGCUUUGUGAAAAUAUCACUAGGUAUCUGUCAUUAGAAUGAGCAUUUUGAGUUUAUAUUCAGAAAUGACUAGAUUUAUUCAUAGUCAGCCAUACUUACCCUUGAUGCACUGUAACCAGCUACACACUGUUGUACAGUGGUUUUCCCCAUAUGGUCAACUGUAUGACACUAAGACAGUUUCUUCCUUGGGAGGCUAUUAAGUUCAGUGUUCUUAUUUGCCCUCACUGUAAACAAACUAAGUGGCUGAGGUACAUUCAAUAUCCCCAGCAUCACUGUAUGUUAACCUGUGAUAGUGAUUUAGACUCUUCCUGGGGAAGUUGCUAUGACUUAAAUUCGUUACCUGUGAGACUCUCUUUACAAUUCUUAGACCACUUGACCAUGCUACCCAGAUUUUUACAAUUCUUAAAAGUUGCUAGGUGUGUGCAACAUUGUGCAGGUAAAUCUGUGCUGUGUGAUAAACCCAUGUUGUUCACAGCCAAAGAGCAUUUGAAGAGAAAAAGAGGUUUAUUAUGUACCUGGGGAACAAGUGUAAGGUUGAUGGCCUUGGUGGUGAGAUUUUUGUUUCAACUAAAGGCUUCUCCUAGUCUCUGAAUGAUACUCAGUAUAAUACUGUCUGGCUUCUAAAUUGGAUGUCUCUGGUUUCUGUUGUAAUAAGGUAUUUAGGUUAUUUUUUAAAGGUCAUUGCUUUAAGCUGAAAAGCCAUUAAAAAAAGGAGCCAUUAAAAAAGGGAGAAGAAUUACUUUCAUAGGAUUUUUAAAACUCAGGAGUUCAAAUAAACUCACAUUUUGAACAGACACCAUUGACUUUUCAUAACUGUAUCAUAACCUGGUACUUCAGAACUGCAAAGUGAUUGCUGGAAACUGUUCUCAGAGGUGGCUGAGGUUUACAGUAGAUAAUUCUGAGCAGUAGAAUGUCUUGAAAAUUGGUAUCCCAAACCACUUGUGUGCCUAAGAAAAUAAAAGAAAAUAUUUUAUU